UGCCGAUACAUCAUACAAUCCUAGACACUUUUUUACUUUUUUACCAGCCUGCGCCACAGCCCGGCCCCUAACAAUGCCAUAACAUAGAAGAGAGACAGAAACAGACGCAGGCUGGCCUCGAACUCAUGACCUCUUGGUCAGAGUGAUUUGUUGCAACUGGCUGCUAACCAGCCUGCGCCACAGUCUGGUGUAAUGAGCUCCGUGCCUCUCCAUGCUUGGAAAGAAGCUGACGCGUCCUAUCGGGGGAAAUGUCUCAAUGUGAUGAGGUCGAUUGUGCAGUUCCGUCCUUCCAGGACACUUUGGUCUCUUUUCAACGACGGAGGGCUAUGCAUGGUGGCCGGAAGGAGUUUAAUUCAUGUGAUGAACUCCAUGCCUCUCCAUGCUUUAAAAGGAAUUUCUCAAUGUGAUGACAUGGCUAAUCUCUGGAGCCGGCAUCCAAGGCUCAAAACACUCAAUAUAUACAGGAAAGAGUUCACGAAUGAUUCCAUUCCUCUUGCUUCUAGAUGAUGUCCAGAGAAUGGGAGGACAAGGGCUGCGUGUCGCCGGGAUCUGUCCACCGAAGUUCCUUUGCAUCCUCCUCAUCACUGCGGCCGCCUUGCUUAUUCUUGCAACCGGAGAAAGCAGCACCUCUCUCAAAGAGAAGCAGCUGGAUUAUCGUAUGCAAAGGGAUAAAUACGUUUUCUUGGAUGGUCACCCGGAGAGGGAACUGUGCAGCUUUACGGUGUGCAUUGAUAUCAAAAGAACAGAUGCCAACCUGGCUACCUGGCCAGCGUUUUCCUACGACGUCAACGGCUCCUCCGAGGACUUCAGGAAGGCGGAACUGGCUCUGUCCAUGAACAAGUCCAUCCUGCAGGUCUUCAUCUUGGGCAGCGUGGUCGAGGUGAAGCAGGACCUCCCCGCCUUCAAGAUGCACCGCCUCUGCUGCAUUUGGGACGGUGCCAAGAGCCUCUUGGAGAUCUUCCACCACGGGAGCAAGGUGAACACCACCACCGUCCACAACGUGACACACAAGUGCCUCAGGCCCAGAGGGACGCUGGCGUUGGGUCGGCUGCACAAGAACCAAGACGGCAUCAUGGUCCCCGAGCAGUUAUUCACCUUCACUGGCAUCCUGCACUAUUUCCAAAUGUGGGCUUCUGUCCGGGACCAGCAGAAGAUGACCAGUUGUGACCGAGGGGACGUCAUUAGCUGGCAGGACAGUUAUUGGCAUUUGAAUGGAAUCAAAACCGAGUCUGCCCACAACCAACACUGCGGUAAAGAAGAAGUCACUCCACCGCUCCCAAGCAAAACACCUGAAUCCUCAGCUACAGAAACCUUCUACAGAAUCCGAAUGGAAUCUUCCAUGUCCUUCCCUUCUCUGGAGAUGUUUGAUUAUUACGAUGCGAUGGAUCUUCUGAGAAAAUUGGCAAGUUCUAUUUCCCCAGCAUAUGUAGAGGCUGGUUGGUUUCCUAAUGGUGGUUGGAAAAAAAAUUAUACUCAUGAACUACAACUUCCAGAAUCCAUUUAGAUCCCUGGGGAUUCUGAGAGUUGUAGUCCAAAAAUAGAAUUUCCCCAAUCACCAACUAUA